UGACAACAGGGAAACACAACAUUCCACAGCUUCAGCCUGUAUACAGGACCUCUCCUGGCUGGAUACAGUCAUCUAUUGCUACAUUUUGCUUCUUUUUAUUAAUUUGAUGUAAAUCUGACAAUGGGGGUUGAGAGGCGGCAGGACUGGCAUCUCACCAGCACCGGCGUUGGCCAUGAUUACAAAGCUUCGGUAUCAUUCCCACCAGCAAAUAUCAAGUCCACCCUCUCCGAGACUCUUCCAGCAACACUGAGGCAACUAAGUGAAGCCACAGCAUAUGAUGAACUGAUAAAUACAUAUGAGACAACCACUGGAACUACUCAUAACCGGAAAUACUGCGGGGGCGUCCUAUCACAGCCCAGUCACCCUCUCCCCCCACCUCAUUGGAAGGUUCAUUACAAUAAGGAUUUAUGGGAUAAGCUGAGACUUAGAGCGUGGAGAACCCCACUGGAUCCAGCACACCAGAGCAGCGAGAUGAAAGCAGAGUUUCAGGGACGACCAGCUCAGCCUUCCAUCCCCAACAUCCAUGCCGGACCACAACCCUUCUCUUUGGAAAAUCACUUAAACAGAGGGCCAUCCCAGGCAAUAGUGGCAACAACCCAAAACAAUUCUGUAUCUGGAGAACCUUUUUACAUAAGAGAUAAAGGGGUCUUGAGCUUAAAUGACAUAUAUGCAUCCACCACAGCUCGGGAUUUCCGUGCAUUUACAGGGAAAGAACUUUUAGGAUAUCCCAAAAAAGAUAUUUUGACAUAUUGGCAGGCUGAGGAUUACCCUAAGGCCUGGGGACAUGGCUUGAAAGAAAACCCUCUACCAAAGGAGAGUCAACCAACACUUCGACGACCACCUCCAAUGCGGGACACCCUUCAGUUUCCCAUUGCCACUAAACUGCCACGGAUACCACCACGUGCAAAAUCUGUUCCACACACAGGCCUUAAAACCUUAGUACAGGAAAGUUAUCAGUGGUCACUGGAUGCUAAGAGGUCCCAAGAUGUUUACAUCCCCCUAGAAUGCCCCUGGACCAAACCAAGACAGGGACCAUUGCCAGAGAUCAUGUCUGUUCCUAAGAUGUAUGAAACUGAGUAUGAGACUUAUGGUAGCGAGGAACCAGUUGUGGUGUGAAAACAGCCAGGAGACAUUAAAUGAUCUGUGAUGACAUAAUUUAUAGGCAACAAACUCUUAACCUUCAAAUAAACUCAGCUUUAA